AUGGGCUUUCCUUUCGGAAUUCUAAUCGCCGGUGCAAUUCUGACGUCGGCGGCUGUGGUGCUGUGUAGUUUCCCGGCCGCCCUCAGCCUCGAGAGAGCUUUUCCUAAUAGCCUCCGAGUGGAGUUGAGUCAACUCAGAGCUCGGGACAGAGCCAGGCAUGGAAGAAUGCUUCAGUCCUCUAAUGGUAUCGUUGAUUUACCUGUUCGGGGAACCUUCGAUCCGUUCCGCGUUGGGCUCUAUUAUACAAAACUGCAAUUGGGAUCUCCUCCGAAAGAUUAUUAUGUGCAGAUUGAUACCGGAAGUGAUGUUCUGUGGGUCAGUUGUGGUUCCUGCAACGGUUGCCCUGAAACAAGUGGACUCCAGAUUGAGCUCAAUUUGUUUGAUCCUCAAAGCUCAUCAACAUCACAAUUCAUUUCUUGUUCGGAUCGAAGAUGCAGUCUUGGCAUUCAAUCAUCAGAUUCGGAUUGUUCCACUCAGAGUAACCAGUGUUCAUACACAUUCCAGUAUGGCGAUGGCAGUGGGACAUCAGGCUAUUAUGUAUCAGACUUGUUGCACCUUGAGACGAUUCUUGAGGGUUCUGUAACACAAAAUGCUUCAGCUUCCAUUGUCUUUGGGUGUAGCACCUUGCAGACUGGUGAUUUGACAAAGUCAGAUAGAGCAGUUGAUGGGAUCUUUGGGUUUGGCCAACAGGGUAUGUCUGUCAUCUCUCAAUUGGCUUCACAAGGAGUAGCACCAAACGUCUUCUCCCACUGCUUGAGGGGAGACGAUGGUGGUGGAGGUAUAUUGGUUAUCGGCGAGAUUGUGGAACCAAAUAUAGUCUAUAGCCCGCUCGUCCCAUCACAGCCUCAUUAUAAUUUGAAUCUGCAGAGCAUUUCUGUCAAUGGGCAAAUAUUACAAAUUGAUCCAUCAGUGUUUGCAACAUCAAGUAAUCGAGGAACCAUAGUUGAUUCUGGUACAACUUUGGCAUACCUUGCAUCUGAAGCUUAUGAUCCUUUUAUCAGUGCUAUUACUGCUUCUGUUUCACAAUCUGUGCACCCUGUUGUUUCAAACGGAAACCAGUGUUAUUUAAUUACCUCCAGUGUCAGUGAUAUAUUUCCUCAAGUUAGUUUAAACUUUGCUGGUGGCGCAUCCAUGAUUCUGAGACCUCAGGACUACCUUAUACAGCAGGGAUCUAUUAGUGGGGCUGCAAGGUGGUGCAUUGGCCUUCAGAAACUUCAAGGUUCAGGAAUAACGAUUUUAGGAGACCUUGUGCUAAAAGACAAAAUCAUUGUUUAUGAUUUGGGUGGUCAACGAAUUGGAUGGGCUAACUAUGACUGUUCAAUGUCCGUUAACGUCUCUGCAACAAGUAGAACCGGAAAAAGUGAAUAUGUCAAUGCAGGACAGAUAAGUGACAGCAGUUCGUUGCAUCUCGAUCCCUACGAUCUGAUACCGGCAAGCAUAGUGGCUUUUCUUGUGCUCAUCAUAUCUCUGCAAGGAAACUUCCUGUUUUUAUAG